AUGAAGUGGUUAUGCAUGUCACUGGCUUUGUUCGGCCUUUGUGCGGCCACAACGCCCGAUCCCACGUGGGUCUGCGGCAACGCUCUGGGAGGUGGGUUAUUAAAAGGACGAUUUGUAGGAAUAUUUAGGUUUUACUAUUUAAAAAAAGUUAUCGGUAGUCCACAAUCUUUUUACAUUUUAUUUUGUUUUCGUUAACUCUUCGAUAAGGAGCUCUGAGCCCAGCAAAAUAUACAAAGAACCCAUGAUGAUCGCGUUAUUUUCAGCCUGCAUUCAAGGUGCCUGUCCGCAGAAUUAUGAGUGUAGAUCCAACAUCUGCUGUAAGUCUGUUUUUUGCCAUUUUAUAACUUUUUUGUUUUUUAUCAAAAACAAAAAAAGUAAACUCGGUUAUUGUUAGCACAAAAGUAUACAAAAAGCCACGUAGAAGUCCCGAAAAAAUUAAACAAAUAUAAUCCUAUGAAUUCCUGAGAAUAUAAGGGUUUUGUGACGUAUAAGUCGACGGAAAAGCAGUGAAAUUUUUUCAUUUUUGGAUAUGUUGUAGAGAAUUAAAUUCCGCAGGUGGUGGUACGUCUCACUUGUACAUAAAAUUACGCCUAAGGGCGUCUUUUGGCGCCGAAAAUCCAAAGUCGGUCAUUUUUCAGCGCUGAUUACUUCAUUUUAUUAACAAUUCAGUUUUGUAUAAAAGUUGCAAAAAGUGACAUGGCUGGAAAGACCUCUUUUUGCUCUAUAAUCACUGCAAAUUUUUUAUUUUAUUUUUUUCCUUUGAUAUUUCAUUCUUAUAGCAUGCGCUCGCUAGACUGCCGUAAAUGUCGCCCACGAAAAAAAUCCGAAAAAAUCGGUGUCCGAUUUACAUAUUUCAUUUGUCAAGAAAGUACAGAACGCUGCACGUAAACUGAGAAGUCCGGUGACCGGAAUAGACCCUUCGCUACCGAUUUUUUACACUUCGUCUUGAUUUCGCAGAGAAAGAGAGAAAAAAGACACGCAAAAGCGUACUCUCUCGCCCCAAAAAUUCCCCAUUUCUUCACCGACAAAACGUUUUUUCGUGUCUUUUUUGGCAAAUUGCCAAUCCAUUCACCGGACUGUUUUCAAAUUGCCAAUCCAUUCACCGGACUGUUUUUUUUUUUUUUUGAUUAUCGCAGUUUGACGUGCGACGGUGUUGUCUCGCCAUACUUCAGUUUGACGUGCGCUGUGCGGUAACUUCUCACGCCUAACCUCGCAAAAAAUGCCACAUUUUCACGAACCUUGGAAAAAAUUGGUUGCUUCUGCAAAGUGCAAACUUGGAAUCUUACAUAUUUCUUAAAACAGUACUCUAAAUUGGUGGCAGAUAUCCUUAAACCCUGAAUUUCGGAUAGUUUUCUUUACGGAUUCCCGUUUUUCGCAGUGAUUUUUCCAGAGUGCUACAUGCAGCGACGAGCUCUCUGGACUUUGAGCCGCGAGUGGAUUUACGUAACCUACAGUUUUUUCCUUUGUUUCGGCAGAAAAGGAUGCAUAAACGACAAGGUUUACACAGCUGGUUCAUUCCUGCUGAAUUAAUUUCAAUUUCGAAAAGAUAUUUGUCAAUUUUUGGAGUUAAUUUUGGUCAAAUCUGCGUCGAAUGACGUCUGCCCUCUCAAUGACUAUGAUCUAAUUUUCGUUGGCCAAGACAACAUGAAAUAAAAGCUCGCGUUUUUUGUAAUAGAUAAAGUUUUAUGCAAGCUGCCGCGUCUAAAACACUUAACAUUGCUGCUGACGAUCACUAUCUUCAGGUCCACGAAAGGUGAUCUUCCGCGGCAACUUCCUCGGCUUCGGAAGUAGCAGUGACGAGAAAAAGAAGAAGACAAGCCCCACCACCCCAACCACGCCCACCACUCCCAGCAAAGCACAUUGGUGCGUGGAUGGGGCCAUCAACUGUGCCCAGUUCACGCAGUACUGCAAGCCCGGCACGCAGUAUACGGCCUUCAUGUUGAGGAAGUGCAUUCAGACCUGCGGAGUGUGCAAAUACGGCCAAUAG